GAGAGGAAAGAAAGAAAGAGGAAGGAAAUCGGACAGCUGGGAGCGUCUUCAAGUACUGAACUCUGGAAAUUUAGCGAAGCAACGGGUUAGGGUUUUGGAGUUGUGUAAAGAGGAGUGAUGGCGAAGCUCUGUUCUAGAAUGUUCUUCACCGCUCGUUUACAGUUCAAUCGCUUCAUUUCUUCUUCUACUACUGCUUUUCCUCGCAGAGUAGUCGUCACCGGUUUAGGCAUGGUGACUCCUCUUGGUUGUGGGGUGGAGACUACAUGGAAGCGACUAAUAGAAGGGAAAUGUGCGAUUAGGGCCAUAUCUCCUGAAGACCUCAAGAUGAAUGGAUUUGAUAAAGAAACCCAGUUGCACACAUAUGAUCAGUUAACAUCAAAAGUUGCUGCAAUUGUGCCAUGUGGAACCAAUCCAGGUGAUUUCAGUGAGGAAUUAUGGCUCAAUUCCAGGGACAGUAGAUCAAUUGCAAGAUUUAUAGGAUAUGCACUAUGUGCAGCGGAUGAAGCUCUAAGCGAUGCAAAAUGGGCACCCUCCGAGCAGGAACAGAAAGAAAUGACAGGAGUUUCCAUUGGUGGAGGAACUGGAAGCAUUAGUGAUAUAUUGGAUGCAGCUCAAAUGAUUUGUGAAAAGCGCCUGCGUCGUCUAAGUCCAUUUUUCAUCCCACGGAUCUUGAUAAACAUGGCAUCUGGUCAUGUGAGCAUGAGAUACGGUUUUCAGGGACCAAAUCAUGCUGCAGUGACAGCUUGUGCUACUGGGGCACAUUCUAUUGGCGAUGCUGUGAGGAUGAUUCAGUUUGGAGAUUCGGAUGUUAUGGUGGCUGGAGGAACAGAGUCCAGCAUUGAUGCUUUAUCAAUUGCAGGAUUUUGCAGGUCUAGGGCUCUGACUACAAAGUACAACUCUUGCCCACAAGAAGCUUCACGACCUUUUGAUUGUGGUCGAGAUGGAUUUGUGAUAGGAGAAGGUUCUGGCAUCUUGGUGUUGGAGGAACUUGUGCAUGCUAAAAAACGAGGAGCAAAAAUUUACGCUGAGGUUCGGGGCUAUGGGAUGUCAGGUGAUGCGCAUCACAUUACUCAACCACAUAUGGAUGGAAGAGGUGCCAUUUUGGCUAUGACCCGUGCCUUAAAACAGUCUGGUCUUCACCCCAAUCAAGUGGAUUAUGUAAAUGCCCAUGCUACUUCAACUCCUCUGGGUGACGCAAUAGAAGCCAAUGCUAUCAAAUCCAUAUUCUCUGACCAGGCAACAUCGGGUUCUUUAGCAUUGUCCUCUACAAAGGGUGCUAUUGGUCAUCUCCUUGGAGCCGCCGGAGCUGUGGAAGCAAUUUUUGCAGUUUUAGCCAUACACCAUGGAAUUGCACCAUUGACACUUAAUCUAACCAGACCAGAUCCUGUUUUUAGUGGUGGCUAUAUGCCUUUGACUGCUUCAAGGGAGAUGCCAGUACGAGCAGCCCUGUCUAAUUCUUUUGGCUUUGGAGGGACAAAUGCAUCCUUGCUGUUCACUUCUGCUUCUUAGAGCAAAAUGUUAGAUUGAAUGCCGAAAACAUCUGUUGCCAGGACGCAAAAAGCCAGGAAAUGAGAUGAUCAGAGUAUCAUUGUGGCAGAAGCUUGCCCUUUAUCGUUCCUAAUUCUAUUGCUAAUGUCAUCCAAUUUUAGGAAAUUAAUUGGGCAAAUUGAAAAUUUUUAAUUCUUUUUAUUUAAAAAAAAAUUAGUUUUGCAGCA